CCGACUCCUUUGCAGUUGAACUAUAAAGAGCACAGGAGCUGAAAUGCAAUCUCCUCCUCCUCCUUCCCUGCGCUGUUUCACUGACAGCCUUGCUCACAGCUGGGAGGAGGACAGCCUCACCAGUAGCCUGAGCAGGAGCUGGGAGAACUGAAGUUUUGUGCUUUUCACACUGCAGGGAAGACCUCUUUGCAUAAACUCUGCUCACAGCACCCUGUGUUCACACUGGCUCCAGAAGAGUAUGGUGUCUGACCACUUCUUCUUUCAAGUUUGCUUUAACCAAGAAGCCAGUAAGAGUUGUUAACAUCCUGCAGCAAGCAAGUCAUCACUUCAGCCUAAAGGUUUGUGGAAGAGAUGAGCGAUACAUGAAACAGAAUAAAAUUAAAUUUUACGUCUGUUCAUUCAGGAUCCUGAUGAGUGAUACACGGGGAGAGGUAGAAGAUGGUGAAUUUCACAGAGAAUGCAACUGAGAAGUGCACUAUUAAUCAUGAUAUUCACCAGACAUUAUCCCCUGUGGUAUACGUAUUUGUAUUUGUAUUAGGCUUGCCAGCUAACUGCCUGUCACUGUACUACGGGUAUUUACAGAUUAAGGCUAAAAAUGAAUUGGGUGUCUAUCUUUGCAAUUUGACCGUAGCAGACCUGCUCUAUCUAUUUUCUUUGCCAUUUUGGCUUCAGUAUGUUUUACAGCAUGACAAUUGGACCUACGAUGAGCUGCUGUGCAAGAUUUGUGGCAUCAUCCUGUAUGAGAAUAUCUAUAUCAGUGUGGGCUUCCUCUGCUGCAUCUCCAUUGACCGCUACCUUGCAGUAGUGCACCCUUUUCGCUUUCAACGGUUUCGGACAAUGAAGGCUGCAGCGAUAGUAAGCAUCAUUAUCUGGACCAAGGAAAUAAUGACCUGCUGCUUUGUCUUUACGCAUGGGGAGAUCAGUAUGGACGCUGACAGCCAUGUGGUGUGCUUCGAGCACUACCCCAUCAAAGAAUGGGAGCACAAUGUCAAUUACUACCGGUUCUCUGCUGGCUUCCUUUUCCCCUUCUUUCUGUUGGCCUUCUCUUACUGUGGGAUUUUACGGGUUGUCCACAAGAGUCCCGGUACUCAAAAGAAGAAGAAAAUCCAAAUUAAACGACUGGUUUCAAGCACCGUUUUCAUUUUUUUAGUUUGCUUUGGACCAUACCACAUCCUUCUUGUGGUUCGCAGCUUGUUGGAGAACAACUGCUCAUUUGCUGAGAAAAUAUUUAAUAUUUACCAUUUUUCUCUCCUGUUGACUACUUUUAACUGUGUUGCUGAUCCAGUAUUGUACUGUUUUUCCAGUGAAAGCACUUACCAGAACUUUGCCAAGAUGCGAGACUCUUGUUUAACAUGUUUAGGCUGUCUGAAGACUGAGACAAAGGAAUGUUAUCCACUGAAUGCUCCAGAAACUCCCAACAAGCCACAGCAUGAGCAACCACCAGGAUUAUUACAAAUAUCACAUGAUGGUACUGGAAUGAAGGACUCCUCUGCAACUAACGUGGGCAGUUUAUAACAUUCAUCAAAAAAGAUAUUAAUCUAAAAUCUGCAGCUAUGGCUUUGUUUGUGUAUCCAUCUGAUUUAUCCAUGUAUUACAACGGUGUUACCUCCUAAAGUCUUAUUAGCAACGCAGUACAGUGAGGUCAUUUCUGGAGGUGUUUGGGCCUUGCCAAUAGUGAGGAAAGCACAUACUGAAUCAGUUCAGUUACAAUCACAUGUCCAUUGUCAUUGUCGCACCACUCAAAACCUGUUGUCUUGAUGCCUGCGUUGACUGGAAUAAGCUAGUACUCAUGGGGUGUGGGUCUGUUGAAUUUGUCUUUAACUGCUUUCUGUUUGCCCCUGUAGCAUCUAGAGAAAUUAAUUGUCUGCAAGCUGUCAUCAUCUGUUGAAAAGGUUGGAGACAGAACACAUUAAUGUCCCCAUAUGUACUUUUUUUAAAAGAAAAAACCCUGCAUUUCUGUAACUCUCUGAAAUAACUUCCCCUUCAGCUAGUUUUGAGGCUGGCAGAGACCAUGCCAGAACCAGCCUCCUAAAACAACCAAUUCCAUUCACAAGGAACUCGGCAUCUGCUGAGACCUUUUGUCUGUUGACUGCUGAGUCUGAGACCGCUGAACCUCAGCGCAAGGUUGCUAUUGACUUCCAGAGGUAUGAGAACUCUUGGCUCCGAUGGGGAUAAGUCGUUUGGUCUGUUGACUUGGAAAAGAAACAGGAGGUUGGUAGUAUGUGAGGCACUUUGAACCCAUGUGCUUCUCUGAGUCACUGUGUUCAAAGACAAAUUUAGUUACGUCUAAAUUCUACUACACCUUCCUAAGGAUUUGAUUGUGUCCUUCACAAUCUGUGUGUCUUGUGCAGAACAGACCAUGUAGGCAAUUAAUUAACAACACAUUUGUCAGGGAAGCUGUUAAAUGGAUUCUGAUCAAAGUCUCUUUUCUCCCACAGAUACUAUUGCUUAAGGUUUGGUCAUUGUUCAGGAAAUACACUAUCAGAAAUAUGAUGUAUGAAUGUUCUGUUUCCUGGUUUAGGCAGAAACAAAAGACAGGAAUAAGCGGAGUUAAUAGCAGUUAAAGAUGCAGUCGUGCUCUACAGAAUUGUUUCUACCACCAUUUCCUCUCUAGUUUCGUCCCAUCCCCCGCCCUCCCCCCCCCCCCCGUAUUAUACUCAUGAAUCCUGUAUGAUGAUUCUCUGUAUGAUGAUUCUUUGUGAUCUGCUCCUCACACCUUCUUGUAUCUGUAACCAUUACACCAUGAAUGUUGCCUUGUCCUUUCACUUCUCUGGUUUGAAACCUUUCUUGAGGCACCUCUCUCCCUGCAACCUGGAGCUGAUAACUUCCAGCAGUAUAAUCAGUUUAGUUUCUUGCCUGCCCCAAACGUCAAAAGAUUCUCUAGACAGAUAGUCUACUCCUGGUAUCUGAAGUAUGUCACGGUAAUACAGCCUUGCUUGUCGUCGGUUUCUGAAAGGAUUAUAUUCUAACAGUUUUCUGGAAACCACCUUGAGAGUGCAAUAUUAGAAAUAAUUUAGGGAUGUGUUUAAUAAAGGAUGUUUUUAUUAUUUUCUUCA